AUGGACUCCGAGGGAGACCAUGUAGCCAAGCGACGGGCGCCGAUGAGCUGCGACCGCUGCAAGAGUCGUAAGACGAAGGCUGGGGGAUUUUGUGACGGCAACGUCCAUACUAUCAUGUCUCGGUCUCCAGAGGAAGAGUUCAGACUUAUGACCCGGGCAUUGAGCCUCCUUUUACCGGGAACACCAAUCAAUCUUGAUAGUCUCCGAGAACUCGUCCACUCGCUUGAGAGAAGGCUGCCGACGCCGACAGAAAAUCUUGGCGAACCGUUGCGAAAAUCUAGAGCAAACGCUGGAGCCUCUAACCAUAGAAAUGCCAUUGGCAGCGGCGUGGAACAAGGUGCUGAUAAAGGACUCCAUCCUGGCAGCGCAAUCACCAUCGACGAGAUAGAUCAUCUCCAAAAAGAACUGGGCUGGCUUACCAUUGACUCCAAAGGCACACCUCGGCAUGUCGGGCUGGAGGGGGGCUACGGCUUUAACGCCGCCGUCAGGUCCCUCAACCCAAGGCAGCGCGCCAACCCAGCAUCAUCGGCCAGUAUUCCAAACGACCUGGUGACACCGCUUACGGCAGCCCCUCCAUGUCCCCCAGAGGCCCCUGUCUCUGCCUUCUCUGUGACUGGCAUGUUUUUGACGCCCCCGAAACAAAUAUUUUUGCCCAUGAGAGAGCUGUGCCUUCAAUGCGUUGAUCGCUUCUUCCGCGAGAUACAUCCCGUUUACUGGCUUUUCCGUGCCGACACCUUCUACGCCGCUCUUGAUCGCAUCUAUGCCAGGGACUCAAACUACGCAUCCCCCUCCAUGCUCUGCUCGAUUUACGCCAUACUCGCGCUAACAACGCGAGACAGUGAGGCCGCGGGCGAGGCGACAUCAUCCAAAUACUUGGCGCUUGCUAAAUCGCUCGUCCCGGCGCUCUUUGAUGAGGCCAAUGUGGAUACCAUACGUGCUUUAUGCAUUCUGAGCUCGAUCAAUUCCAACACCGCCUAUGCUUACAUUGGUGCUGCAUCGAGGAUCGCUCUCACCCUAGGUUUGAAUCUCUCCAAGAGCAUGAGACUACGGAGCAACGUUCAUGGCCAGUCUGAUCUUCGUAUAUUCUGCAGCCUAUACAUGCUUGAUUUGGAAGUGGCCUUGUGUUACGGCAAUCCUCCAUCUUUGGUGGAAGAAGAUGGCGCAGAGUCUGUUCAGUUUUUGUUGGAACAGGUUUUGGAACCUGGAAGCAACAUGCCUCCAGACUAUUUGGCUGUUUCAUGUCAGCUGUCUACAUUAAAGCGUGGCGUGAACAAGUUGCUAUAUUUGAGGCCAAGUGGGAUAGCUGGAGCUGCGGCGGAUCAAGGCAGGAGCGGCUAUGCAGCAGCCUCGAUAUCAUCAGUAACAGAGGCUAUUUCAUCCAUUCAGCGGUGGUUCAACACUAUACCUCUUCAUCUCAGGAACAUCACACAGGCAUCUCCUUAUCACCAGCGCAGUAUCGCCACUUUGCACCUACGCUACUGGAGCACUUUGAUUUUCGUUACCCAACGCGGAUCAGCUAGUGGCCUGCGGAGCACACCUCAACGGAUACGAACGGUCAGUGAUGCCAAACGCCAGUAUUUCAAAGACUUCUCAGCUCUCUGCCUUGAGGCUGCCUCCCAAAGCCUCCGGAUACUUUGUUAUAUGCGCGAUGCCGAGCUUCUUAGUAGUCUCGUGACCCUUGACACUUCAUGCCUGUUGGAGGACUUGCAGGUGUUCCUACUUGCUCUGUCAAAUGGACAAGAUACAGCCGGAAAAGAGAGACAGGAGAAGCGAACCAUGGCCAUUAGCGCCAUUUCCGAGCUGCUACAUACACUUCAGGGCAUGGAUCAGAUCUUCUGGACGCGGCAUGUUUUGGUCGAAGUCAUGGCACAGCUUGAAGAACAUGGCCUGAUCAAUGGCGACAGCGGGUUCAAUCCAGGGCAUGAUAGUCCGGGACUGUACUCAUUUGGCAUCGCUUCUCAUCAUGAUAUCGUCUCAGGAAUGAUGGAGUCCUAUGGUCAGGAUGGCGACGACCCUUUGUUCCAUCUGCCCGAUUUCUGA